CUGCAGCUGAGCCUGCGAUGCCGUUGCACCCCUCCAACAAUCGCACUGCCGGUGAAGCUACUCGCAUUUCGCUGUCGACCUUUCGGAGCAGUCAAGCGACAUGGUGACGCUGUCGCGACCGGCCUCGUCAAGCAGCUCUAUUCGGCGCCAGAGCCCAGAUGGCUCUUUCGACGACGACAUGGCCUCUGAGUUUCCCUAUUCGCCGAACGCAGAGCUUUUGGUGGGCCAGCCCAACGGAGGCGAUUCGCCGCUCUCCGAAAACGAUCCAGAUGCAGUCGAGGAAGGCUCUGGAGAUGAAGCCGAGACGGCAGAUGCCGUUCGGCCACGCAAGCAGAGCAAGAUCGCCUCAAAUGUAUCCUCCAAGGUCACUUCCCUCCCGCGACCAAGCGAUAUGACAAUCAUACAACCCUGGAGGGAUGUGCAGGCCAAGAUCGAUGCCAUCAUCGUGGCCAAAACCACCAUAAUCAACAUCGAGGGCCAACCCACAACGACACAGCUCGCCGUCUUGCCCAUCACCAUCCCUCAUGGCAUCCAGCUCCUUCGCACACUGCCGCAUUCGCGACCGACGCUCAAAUCGGUUCUGUUUGUGCCAGCAUCGAUAACAUCGGAGAUGCUGGUGACCCUGGAUUCGCACCACGUCCAUAUCUGGCGCGGAGGCUCGCGCGUUCGCAAGGUCAGAACCGACGUUGAGCACAAGGUCGAAACGAAAUCGCGGGAUACUCGGCAGCCUGGCAACGGCGGGCAGAGCCAGAGCCUGAAUGGCAUAUCGAAAUGGGUAUAUGUUGAAAAAUGGCGAGUGUACAUCAUUGCCACGUCGCAGCUGACUCUCAGGGUUCUGGACAGUCAUUUGGAUGAAAUAUCAUCUGUAUCCAGCUCGAAGCCGGUGCUUUGCAUGGAGUACAUCAAUGAGUUCGACCACCUUGUCGUGGGACAGGUGGGAAGAAUCAAGACGUGGAAGUUACAGAGAGAAAGCGUCAACAACCGAGAGAUUUUCACGCUGAGCGAAAGGACAUCCAUCAGCGAUCUGGCCGACGAUGAAUGGGUUGUUUGCUUGCACUAUCAGACAAGUCUGGAUCUGCUCCUCUUCUCGUGCGAGUCAACCCUCUAUGUCUAUAAAUAUAGCACGGGAAGGCGGCUUGACAAGCUCUUCAAUAUCCACGAGAUGUCGAUAACGUCGAUACAAUACUACGAGCCCCUAAGUUACAUAAUCACAGGCGGAAAGGACGGAAAGAUCAAAGUCUGGAACUGCCAAAAGUUCCUCGUCUACGAGUUCCACGAGCAUUUCAAGGCUGUGACCGGUCUGCUGCUGGUCGAGAGUGUGUGCCGUGCAACCCCAAAGACCGUGCCGGCUGUGAUGAGCUGCUCCCUGGAUGGCUCGAUCAGGAUGUGGAAUUUUGAGCUCGGCACAUGCAUAUACAGAAUCGAUACACAGCAGCCUUGCCUUGGAAUGAGAAUGAUCAAGAAGGACACCUUCUUUCAUUUUUCCAAGAGCACAGUGUCAAUAUGGAACAUCAAUCGUUACUAUCAGACAUUCUAUUCGAUGGGCUCCCAACCCAUCUUGAUGCGUCGGGCCUCGGAGCCAUCCCAGCCGGCAAGAAUCAUCACUGUCGCUGCCGACUCGACUCUGAAGAUUCUAUCACCGGUGACUGGAGCGGCACUUGUCACAGGGUUUCCGACACACAAGGAUGUCCACACACUGGAUAUGGUGUAUUGCUAUCAGCGAGACACUGCGUUUUGCCUAACGAGCGAAGGUGAAGUUGUGGUAUAUGACACAAGUGUCAACCCAUGCAAAAUCGUGGGAAUCUGGGAGCACUACGGGACUCAGGAGAGGCUCAACUGCAUCGCCUGCAUUUGUAUCGAUCCAAGGCACACCGGACGACUUGUACUUGGCGACGGCAGGAUCUCUGGCUUCAAAGAAACCCUCUUUCUUAUCGGAGGAAGCACAAAUGGCCAAAUCCUGAAUAUCAACACAGUGUUUGGAAAGCAGGAGCUUAUAUGCCAGGCGCACACGGCCGAAAUCAGCACACUCGUUUAUGACGAUCUCAGAUUCCUCCUCAUAUCUGGCGGACAAGAUGCUCUGAUCAAGGUGUGGAGAAUAGCAACGCCGGUCGAGCCCCUCGUUCCGUCGACGGAUCCGCUUCCAAGCUUUGUCCUUGAAUGUGUCAGCGUCCUGUCCAUCGAAGGCUUCGACAGCCCUCUUCCUGUGACCGGCUGGGAUUGCGAUCAAGCCAUAGUCGCCCUCGGCUUCAAUGGAUCGAUAUUUCUGUACUCCUAUAACGAGACGAGUAUGGUCACACCCCGUCGCACCGAUGAAGAAAAUACGGCCACAAUCACCUGUAUCGUCCAUCUGGCGUCGUACAGUAUAUGGGCCUCCUCCAGCAUCAACGGCACGAUCAGAAUAUGGGAUCAAGGAGGCGCGCUAUUGAGGGAGAUUCAAUUCAACGAAACCAUCUUGUCAAUCCUGUUUUGCAACGAUCGAGGAGACCUCUUGGUCGGCCUCCGAGACCAGAUAGCAGUGGUGGCUAUACAAGAAUACCUGCCAUUGGCGCUCCUGCGGGAUGUUGGGCAAAGGGUAUUCCAGGACGAUCCGACAGAAGCGCCAACGGCAUUCGAUGUCAACCUUGACUUUUGGGAAUAUUGCUACGACCAGCAGCGCCUGGAGAAAGACUCGAUGGCAUGGCAUGUGGUGAAAGAUGCACAGGCACAAGAGGCUGCUGUCAAGAGGAAGGAAGCGAUCGCCGUUCUGCGAGGUCCGACCUUGGCCGAGAGACGCGCACUAGGUUUAAAGAGAAGGCAAAUCCGCCUCCAGAUGGAAAGAGAGAAGAAGCUCUUGAAGGCAGCCAGGCAGUUUGAAGUCAACGGUGACGAGCAGCCUUCAGGGCAAUUGGAUACUGAGAUGGGUUCGAGCGAAUUCAAGUUUGACAAAUAUCUUGCAGCCGCCUCGCUCGAGGAAGUCAAUGUCGAUCUGAUCCGACCCACUUCGCCAACUCUCUCGGAGAAGGAAGCCCUGGCCCAGGAGGAAGAGGUCCCGGAUCGAACCCUAAUCAUCCAAUGUGCUACGAAAAAGAAGGAGCGGGCCAAGAAGCUGGAGGAGCGCAUCAAAAAGGUCCAAGCCGAGCUUGCUCCUCCCAAUCUCCGAAUGCGGCCGGUUGCCACCAAGGAACAGGCCGAGGCCAAGGCCCGAGAGAUUCGCAAGAAGCUGCAGCACAGCGGUGUCGCCCUUCCGAACUCCACCGUGACCACGGUCAUAAAACCAAAAUCCAAGCCCGAUCGAAGACACGAGGAGAAACGUGCUGAGCCCAAGGAGGCGUUCUCUGCACCCAAAUAUGCCGUUCCCAAAAAUCGCGCCCGAGGAAAGCCAAUCAUAAAGAAGUCUGUGCUCUUGGUUGACGAUACAUCGUUUCGAGAGCCCGGAAGUGCAUACUUUGAUGUGCUGGAUGAAGUUGAGGAGAUGAACAUUGAAAUGCCGGAGCCCAUGCAGCCCCCGGAGGAUAGACUGGCCCCAGAGGAGGCUGUAUUGCCAGAGGCUAUUCCCGAUCUCGCUCCCGUCGAAGCCCCACCACCGGUCAUGGUCGACCAGUCACUUCCGAUCCAGGCCACUGUCGAGGAAGUAACCCAGCCGACCACCGAGUCCCUGGAGCCAAUUCAGGAGCCGCAGCCUAUCGAGGUGCAAGUGUCACUCCCAAAGAUAUCCAGCAUCCAGAGGCGGAUGCAACGACCGCCACCAACAUUUGAAUCCAAGCGAGUGUUUGCUCCACCACAUGUUCCCCAGCCCAAGGUUGCAGAAAAGAAGAUCCAAUACAAAAUGACUGCUCCGAAGCCGGCUCCAAAGUUCAAACCCCCUCCGGAGCGAGUCAGCAAACCCAUCGUUCGCCACACGGUCAAACAGCCCGAGCCCAGCGGGCUUAGUGUCGAGUCACUCAAGUUUGAAAAGGAACACUAUAAAAAGCCCAAAGAAGCGGAACCUGAGCCAGAUAUGUUCGACAUCCCUGAUGUCGAGUAUCUAAAGCCAGAGCCGAAAAUUGUGGCUGAUAUCAUGCCCGACUUGGGCGAGAGCUACGAUCCGGGAGUGAUCAUUCCGGCCAUUUACACAUCAUCUCAGGAGUCCGAGCAGUACUGCUGGAAUCUCAUUCGCCAAAGGGACGAUGCCGAUGAUGAGGUCUUGACCAAGAUCACGAAACUUUUUUGGUUUCCUGGACUGAAGGGAAAGCCCUUGACUCUCACCAACAUCAUAGCGGUCCUCCUGGAUGUGUUGCGGGGCGGCUACUGGUCCGAAAAGUGCGAGUCCUCCAAGGCCAUCCUCUUUCUCUACAGAACUUUCAAAGAUGACUUCCUCGAUCCUAUGGGUCUCUUGGUCAAGCCUCAGAUAGAGUGCCUUUGGGACGACAGCUGGCAAGUCCGCGCCCAAAUCACGAGUAAUCUCGUUGGAUAUGAGAUAUAUCAUCCCGAGAUCAUAUUUGCCCUCAUAUGUCGGCUGGACGACAAAAACGAUGCCGUUCGCAAGGCAGCCCUCACCAGCCUCAUGCACUUUGGAAUCAACAGCCGAGAGAAUCUGCAGAAAACCAUGGUGAGCCUCGGGUUGAUGAAAAGAUCUGGUGCUGCAGCCACUGGCGUACCUCAUUUGCGGAAACUGCAUGACGAACUGAACACACAGCAUCGACAAAAGUAUUCGCAAAAGCUCUCCUUGAUCCGUGACUGGCUACAUAGAGCCAACGAAUCUCCAGAGAGACGUCCGGGCCUCUUUCGGGACUCAAGCUACUACGAUCAUCUCGCAGGCCCAUUUUUCCCAGCGGAUGCUCCUGGCUUUGAAAUGCCUCCGCCGACGGUCGAUGUCUUGUUUGCACAUCAUCGAAACAAUGCCUUGCGUAUGAGAGUCCAGGACUGGGACGUCGACUCGAGUCUCGAGAACGAGGAGCUUGACAUGGUUCCGGCUGUGGGAAUCACAGUCUCGGCAACGACCCAUCGCAACCGGUUUCGCCCCGAUGACCUUUCGGACACAUGGAGUUUCGGAAGAGGGGCCGCUGCUGCUGCGGACAGCAUAUCCAACGGGUAUUCGCACGGCUGGGACUUUGAUUCCCCAAACGGAUCCGAGUAUACUGGUGGCGAAGUCAGCGUCAAGGACUAUACACGCAAGUCCGGCAGAUCUCACGACCCGAGUAGUCACCGGCGCUCCCAAGAUUUGCUGUUUGGCUCCAAGACGUCCCUCGGAAGCAGAUAUCUCUCUCAAAGCAACCUCGGUUCUCAGAACCAUCUCCUGGUCAGAGAUGCACAUGGCAGUGCAAAGAAAAGCACAGGGAAUCUGCUGGGCGAUGUCCGUCCAAUGACCGCAGCUCUUGCAUCGUUCGGCAAGCCCUUGGCACUGAGCGCCUCCAUGGCUCGGCGCCAGUCCAAAUCUGCCCAGCCAUCGAGGGCAAGCUCGUUGGCGCAGCUACACCAAACCAACAGCAACGGCAGCUCCAACUCCAACUCCAGCUCCAACCGCCAAAUCGACCCGCGGUCGGUGGGAAGCCAAAUCUCCAUGAGCCCGCUCGGCGCUGCACAAAGCGCAUCGAUAGGAAGCUCGCAGAGACUGAAGGCACCAGAGCACGGCUCGCUGUACUUGCUACCGAGAAACGGCACCAUGAGAAACAACUGGAUGGGCUCGCAGCGCAUGGGUUCGAAAGACCAGCUGAAGGGACCCAAUGGAAUGGUGACUGGCCACAAACCCACCACAGGCACGAACCUCCCGCCGCUGCCGUAGCCACGGCCGUGGGAGCAGAAAUGUACGCAUUUGUCGAACCAACUGUCUCGCGGCUGAUGCAGAUGCCGAUAAUCCUGAUGCAGAUGCU